AUGUCCACCGAAAGUUUCAUCCAGGCCUUUCUGAAUGAUCCAAACUUCCCUGCCCACCACCGGGUGCCUCCAGCCAUGAACCCAUUCAUGGGUCUCAUGCGUGCAACCUCCAUGCGAGAAGACAAUAUAGGCGCGAAAUUUACCUCCGCCAUCAACAGUGCCAACCUCGUUCUGGGAUUGACGAUGGCGACAAGCGAGAAGAAGGUGGAUGAAGCCAAUCUCCCCGACGUGAAUGAUCCCAACAAGCAGAAAAUCGAUGGCGCUCUCUACCCCUCCGACCACACUCCGACCGACAGCCGACCUCAUUGGGCGGACCAAGUCGUGCCCAUCGAUGUGAUGGCGACGCCAGCUCCUCGCAAGAAGAUUCUCGGACAGAUCGCCCAUCACGUCGAUUCGGUCCUCCUCGAUCAGCAUCGCACCUUCCUCUUCUUCAUCUUCGUCUUCGGCCGCAAGAUCCGGUUCACCCGCUGGGACUACUCUGGCGUCGUCAUCACCCCCCUCUUCGACUACUACCAACAGUGGGAAACAACGUGCAACAUACUCCGGCGUAUCGCCUUCCUCGCCUGUCACGGGCGCGGCGAAGGCGUCGGAUUCGACCCCACCGCCGAACGACUCCGGGAGGGUCACGAUCUCUUCACCAAGAUGACCGAGGUCGCCACACCGAAGCCGACCGACGUUGACCACACCGAGCGCAAGCUGAAGGACGACGAACUCCUCGAAGGGGACAUCACCUUCACCUACGUCCGCGAUCGGUUUCGCGAGUCAAUCCGGACGGGACCGCGGUACGCGUUGUCGGUCCCCGACGAGAACGGCGGCCACAGGAUCAUCCUCGUCGGGCGAGCCGAGUUCGCGGCUGGUGGAGCUACGGGGCGGUUCACCCGCGGCUACAUUGGGUACGACACGAAGACGGGCCUCUUCGUGUGGCUCAAGGACACGUGGCGCCCGGACUACAUCAUAGGGCUGGCGAAGGAAGGUGACACGCUCAAGGCGCUUCACGCAGCGAACGUCACGAACAUUCCGACGCUGGUUUGCCAUGGCGAUAUCGGCGAGCAAGUCACCCGGACUCAUGACUUCUGGACUAAGCGACGCGAUGAGGAGCUCAACGAUAUCGUCGACGGUGUUCCGGAGGCCCAGAAGUCAGGUCCCAGAAAUGCCGGCAAAAGGAAGCUCGAAGACUUGAACACCUCGCAAGGUGUACCGCCUGAUGCUGAUGGUGAUCCCGACUUCAAGAGUAGUUGCCUGUUACGGCGCCACCGACACUACCGCCUUUGCGUCAAAGAGGUCGGACUUCCUCUGGAGUCUUUCACGAGUCCGCGCCAAUUCGUGAGGAUCGUGCUCGACGCUGGAGCAGCGCAUCGCGACGCGUAUCACAAGGGGGACACGUUGCAUCGAGAUAUCAGCGGUGGCAACAUCAUCAUAUACCCUCGCGUGAGAAUCGUGAAAUCCCAUUUCUUGGCCUGGGUGGGGCUUCUCACCGACUGGGAGCUUGCAAAGACAACGGAUGCUCUGAAAUUGUGGACGCGACCCGGUCGAACGGGCACUGCGCAGUUCAUGUCGGUCGCCAUGUUGGAGGGGAACGGCAAAGUCUCUGAGCUCUCAGACGACUUGGAGUCGUUCUUCUACGUCAUCCUCUACUACCUAGUUCGCUUCGUCGAAUCGGACCUUGGUACGGCAGAGAACGUCUUCCUCUGGCUAGAGCACUUCUUCGACUGCUAUGCCGUCGAGGGAGGGAUGCAUACAUGUGGCGCGGCCAAGAAGAACGCUUCAUUCCGUGCUGGACGGCUCAGCAGGAGAAAUUCCUUCGGUUUCGGCACCCCUCUGGACAUGCUCAUCGAUGAUCUUCACACUUCCCUACGCGACUUCUACUACGUCAAACGAUGGAACGAGCAACAGCGCAAGGCCAACGAGCCCGUCUCGGGCCCCAUGGUGGCGGAGCCUGUGGUCCCCUCCAGCCGUGCGUCGUCGCCUCCCCCUGACGACUUGGAAGAGGCAUUCCACGUCAACCGCGCCGGUCUCCCCGCCGACCUCUGGAGGUCUGCCGGCGAGACGCUGCAGAGUUGUGACGACGACGCCUUGGGGCCCACUUCCGAGCAAGAGGACUCCGCGCUCGUGUUCCAGAACUCGGACAGGUUCUUGGCGGUCCUGCAGACGUGCGUGCGGCUGCCCGCGAAGCACUGGGCGCGCUGCAACGAGCCCGCGACGGACCAGCUCCUGGAGCAGUUCGACUCGACUCAGCCGGUCGAGGCGUCGCUCAAGGUGGCCGCUCGGCCCCGAACGCGCCGCGCGACGCCGCCUGUCGGCGACGGCGAAUCUCCCCUGUCUCGCCCGACGAAGAAGGCGAGGACGAGCCUUUUGGACACGCCGAAGGCGAGGAGCGCUCCGGAUAUGUAG